ACUCCAAGAUGGCGGACGACGAGAUUCCGCUGCUCCGUCCGCGCGACUGCGGCCCCGGCGGCGCGGCCGAGAGCGCUGAGCCCGCUCUGAAGCGCCAGCGCCUGCACUCGGAAGACGGUGGCUGCGGGCGGGGCGCGGCCUACGCCCAACGCCCGGACCGGGGCGCGGGGCCGCCGCCCGCCGCCGCUGUGGCGGCGGAGCUGCCGGCUGAGGCGGCUGCCGUUACCGCCGAUGGCGGCGGCCGGACGGAGGAGGAAGAGGACGAAGAGGUGGCGGCGGUCUGGAGCGGCGCGGACAAUAGGGCCGGGUUGCGGGGCCUGUCCCGGGCGGAGCCGCCUCCGCAGCCGCGGCAGCGGGGCCGGGGGGAGGGGGCGGAGGCGGCGCCCGGCGAAGACGCGGCGGAGGCGGCCAUUGGCUGCAGGCGGGCGCAGUGUUCAAACGGGGCGGCCGGAGCGACGGCCCUGCAUCCCGAUAACUUCCUUUUUAGUGAUGAAAUCAUAGCCAAUGGUUUUCACUCUUGUGACAGUGAUGAAGAUGACAGAGCUUCACAUGCAAGUUCUAGUGACUGGACUCCAAGACCACGUAUAGGUCCCUACACUUUUGUUCAGCAGCAUCUCAUGUUAGGUACAGACCCACGGACAAUUCUGAAAGACCUGCUACCAGAAACAAUCCCUCCACCUGAACUAGAUGAUAUGACACUGUGGCAAAUUGUUAUAAACAUUCUUUCAGAACCACCAAAAAGAAAAAAACGAAAAGAUAUUAAUACUAUUGAUGAUGCUGUGAAACUUUUACAAGAAUGCAAAAAAAUAAUGGUCUUGACUGGAGCUGGGGUGUCUGUGUCUUGUGGAAUACCUGACUUUAGAUCAAGAGAUGGCAUCUAUGCACGCCUUGCUGUAGACUUCCCAGACCUUCCAGAUCCACAAGCAAUGUUCGAUAUAGAAUACUUCAGAAAGGAUCCCAGGCCAUUUUUUAAAUUUGCAAAGGAAAUCUAUCCAGGACAGUUCCAGCCAUCUCUCUGUCACAAGUUCAUAGCUUUGAUGGAUAAAGAAGGAAAACUACUUCGCAACUAUACUCAGAACAUAGACACACUGGAACAGGUUGCAGGAAUCCAAAGGAUAAUACAGUGUCAUGGUUCCUUUGCAACAGCUUCCUGCCUGAUCUGUAAAUACAAAGUUGAUUGUGAAGUUGUUCGAGGAGAUAUUUUCAAUCAGGUUGUACCUAGAUGUCCCAGAUGUCCACCUGAUGAACCACUCGCUAUCAUGAAGCCAGAUAUAGUGUUCUUCGGAGAGAACUUACCUGAGCAGUUCCAUCGCGCCAUGAAGUAUGACAAAAAUGAAGUUGAUCUCCUUAUUGUCAUUGGGUCUUCACUGAAAGUAAGACCAGUAGCAUUGAUUCCAAGUUCCAUCCCUCAUGAAGUGCCUCAGAUCUUAAUUAAUAGGGAACCUUUGCCUCAUCUACACUUCGAUGUGGAGCUUCUUGGAGACUGUGAUGUUAUUAUUAAUGAAUUAUGUCAAAGGCUAGGUAGUGAAUAUACAAAACUUUGCUACAACUCAGUAAAACUUUCAGAAAUAACAGAAAAGCCACCACGAACGCACAAGGAGCUCGAAAUGCCCUCAUCUGAGCUACCGCCUACCCCUUUAAACAUUUCAGAAGAUUCUAGUUCACCAGAAAGAAUGACUCCACCAGAUACUUUGGUAGUGUUGUCAGAACACCCAGCUGAAUGUAAGGUAGAAAACUGUGAUCCUGCCUCAGAAACUAAAGGGGCCUGCAUAGAGGAAAAGCUUCAGGACACACAGACAUCACCAGGAAACCCUGAAAAUCCUACCAGUGAACUAAUGAACUCUGAAACUAUGAAGGAAAAUGGAUCUAACAAUGGAGAAAAUAAAGAAAAAAAUGAAAUAUUAAAGAAGUGUUGGGUAAACAGAUCUGCAAAAGAACAGAUCAGCAAAAGGCUGGAUGGUACUCAGUAUCUCUUUUUACCACCAAAUCGCUAUAUUUUCCAUGGCGCUGAGGUAUACUCGGAUUCUGAAGAUGAUAUCAUAUCUUCCAGCUCCUGUGGGAGUAGUAGUGAAAGUGGUUCCUGUCAUAGUCAGAGCUUAGAUGUGGAGGAUGAGAGCGAGAUUGAAGAGUUUUACAAUGGCAUAGAGGAUGAGGAUGCUCCAGAAAGGGAAGAGGAACCUGGAUUCGGGGAAGAUGGAGUUGAACAAGAUGAAUCAGCAGCUGAUGAAUCAGCUUAUGCAACUGCAGCUGCAGGGACUGACCAUCUGAGCAACAAGUUGUGAAGUGGUCAUAGACUGGUUACAGGAACUCUCCACCAGCAUUAGGAGCUUUGGCAUGUCAGAAUGAAUGUUUACGUCUGAAUUUAGAACAACAGAAACAUCAGGAUGUAGUGUUUAUAAAUAACAAAAACAGAUUUUCAUGCUUAGUUUUUUACCUUUUUCAAUAAAAUUCUAUUACUGCGCA